AUGCCUAGUCUUACAGCAUAUCAUAAAGCCAUCAUAAAGGGGAAGGGAGAAUUCCAGGGAUCCAAUUUCUUUAUUUCCACUGAUUCAGUUAAUUGGAUCCAUCUGUACUCUCUUAAGAUCUCUUCUCGCGGUCAACUUUGUCAACUUGAUGAAGCCAAUAAUCAUUACCUCCUUCUUCAGUCUUUGCAAUCGUGCUUUGUACAAAUAUAUCCAAAUGGUGCUGCUGCUGGCCAGCAACAAACUACAAAACGUCCAGGUGUUCAACAUCCAAACAAGAAACCAUCAUCAACUAACGAUACUGCCCCUGGUCUUGGGUUAACAGAUUAUGAUCCUCAUAGUUUUGAUGAACCUCCAGUUAUAUUUAUCAAAACUUAUGAAAAUGAAAAAUUGUAUAUUAGGGUACCCCUGAAGAAUAAUUUCGGUGGGUUGAUAAGUUGUUUGAUAAUUUGGCAAUCUCUAAAACCACAAGGUUUGGCAAAGAAAUGGUACUCAGAAAAUAAAGUUGAUCGGUCAUCUGUAAGUGACACUCCUCAUGAGUUGUUGGUUUGUCGUUUCAAAGUUUAUGGUCCCAUACCUAAAGCCAAAAAUGUCAAUGUUGUGAGUGGUCCAAGAGCUCCAGUUUAUCAACUGAAUAUAGAUUCUAUGGGCAAUGUAUCCGAUCCACUGACUUCAUCCGAUUCCACAAAUAUUCCUCCAGAUGGUAAAUUAGAUCAUCUACAUGAAGGUUGGUUCUAUACCAUGGGUGUAUUGAAAUCCAAUGGGAUUCUUAAUUUCAUCACCGAAUUAGAUGGUACUUUAUUAUAUUCUAUCGAUGUUAAAUCAAUCAUGUCAUCAGAAAUCAGAGAAGUACAUCAUUCCAUUUUUGAUAAUUCUAAUAUUUUAUUUAUUGGCCAGAUAAAGGAAUUGAGGUAUAAUAACUUGAUAAAGACAACUAGCGCAUUCAAUUUAGAACAGUAUAUCGGUCCAUUUUUAACAAAGGAAGGUAAAUCAAUUCCCUCUAAUAAAAGAAUCUUGAUUGAAUUUCCCUUGCAUAUUGAUCUUGGUGAUUGGUUUGUCGGAUUGAAUUAUUUUGCCCAAAGAGAAUAUAUUGGAACAUUUACUCCAAGGCUGAUGAUUAAUCCUUCCAAUGGGAAAGAGAAUAACGAUUCUGUUAAACUACAGGAUUAUGCACGCGAAAACUUCAGAAUAUCUAAAAGAGUUACCAUUGAUAUUGUGGAGGCCAAAUUUGAUGAAGAAUUUCAUACUAUGGAUCCAAAGGAGAAAGUAUAUGCUGAAGUAAUAAUGUGGGGGUUACCGUGGUCACGUACCGCUAUGGUAAAUCAUACCAUGAAUCCAUUUUGGAAGGAAGAAUUUCUGACCGAUUUACCAAUAUCAACUCAAAUGAUUCAUAUUUUGAUCAAACGAUGUUCUAGUCAACAAAAUGUACAUUCUACCAACGACAAAGUCAUUGGUACCGUGUAUGUCACUCCUGAUAUUUUUGCAAAUCAAUUAAAGUAUUCAUCGACUAUGUCAACGGGUUCCAAUAUUACCACGGCACAAAACAUUAUGAUUAAGACCAACGCAACCCCUACUACGAACAAUAAAUCUGGUUCAACAGGAACAACUACUGCUAAUGGUGUAAUUAAUGGAUCAAGUAACGACAUUGUUCGUUUAACUAUUUAUGAUACUUCUAAUUUACCGAUUGGGAAACUUUUAACUCGAGUACAACUCCGAGAGCACCAUAUUUUACCACCAAACCAUUUCAAACCUUUGGAAAAAAUGCUUGUCAAUGCUCCAUUGAAGGAUUUAAUUAAAUAUACUACUGAUGUUAUUUCAACUCAGGAUUUUGAGAAUGUUUCACUGAUGUUACUAGACAUUUUCCAGGGACUAGGCAUUGAAGAUAAAUGGUUCAAGGCACUUAUGGAGGUCGAAUUAAUUAAUGUUGAUCGUGUAACUCGAAAGAACUAUGCCAAUAGAGGAAGUAUUGAAUCAACUCUUGUGAAUAAUAAUUGUUCAUCCAAUUCAACCACAGCUCCAACUGGAUUACAAUCAGCAAUCGGACCAGGAUCCGGUUCACAAAAUGGGACUACUAAUGGACAUGUGAAAAAGCUUUCUACGGCAUCAGGAGGUAGUGGGAUAGGAACUUCAUCUACAAAUGUAUUCAAUACAUUAUUUAGAGGUUCAUCUAUUUUUUCAAAAUCAUUAGAGAAGUAUAAUUUACGGGUUGGCCAAGAGUACUUGGAGAAGGUAUUGGGAGGAUUAUUUGCUAAAAUUGCUAAGGAAAAGAAGAAUUGUGAAGUUGAUUCCCGUUAUGUCAAGUUGCAAUAUAAUGCCAUGCGAAAAGGAAAAUCCGUUGAUGAUCCAGAUGCCGAUUCAGAUUUUGAUUCAGAUGAAUACGAUUCAGAUGAAGAAAGGGAAAAGGACGAAGUUGUCAAGCAAAUGGUUGAAGAAAAUUUCCAGAAUUUGUAUGGCUAUGCCGAAGAAUUUUGGGAAAGAAUUUAUAAGACUUCAAAUGAUUUACCACAACAAAUUAAGAUCCAAUUAAAGAAUUUCAGAACCAAAGUGGAACUAGCUUGUGAUCCUGAAGAUAAAAUAACAGCAUUAAAUUGUUUGAGUGCUUUUAUAUUCUUGCGGUUUUUCUGUCCUGCAAUUUUGAAUCCAAAGCUCUUUUAUUUAACCAAAGAUCAUCAGGCGGGUACAACACAACGAACAUUAACUUUGCUUGCUAAAAUUCUUUUGAAUUUAGCUAAUAGACAACAGUUUUCUCCGCAUAAGGAAUUACAUUUGCUUAAGAUGAACUCAUUUAUUGAUAAACAUAUUCCUGAGGUUUAUGAUUAUUUUGAUAAAAUCACUGGGAGGAAAAAUGAUUUUACCGAAAAGAUUUUUGAUUUAAGCAGUGAAGUGGAAAGAUUAGAUUUAGGUUUAAGUGGAGAUGCAACUUCAGGUGAAUUACCAAUGACACCAUAUCUUAUUGAUAAUAAUUUACGGUUGACUGAAUUAGUUCAAUUGUUACAUACAGAGAAUGCCAAUUAUCGGUAUAGUACAUCAUUUAGUCCAUCCAAUGGAUUUCAAUCGGAUUCUUCUGUCAAUACAUCUCCGUCUCCAUAUCACAAUCGAGAAAGUUCACGUGAAAGCACCAAUGAUUUCAAAGUUGACAAAGAGAAAAAUGUGUAUCAAAUAGGUUCUUUAGAGUUUGAGAAAUCAGAAUUCUUAGACCUUGUGGCUGAUAAUGAAACUGAAGGAUUUAUUAAAUCACUUUGUAAGAGUGAUGAGAAUAUAUUCUCUUUCAUUACGUCUAAUAUUACCCUACAAGAUUUAAAGAAGCAAGCCAAUACUUUAAUGAUUAAGAUCAAUGAAUUAGAGAAUGUUCUUGUUGAUUUUGAAUAUCCUACUAACUUCACGGACCUGCAACUUUGGAGAUUAUAUACUCAAGAUAUACUAACCAAGAGUUACUUUGACACUUCACGAAGUUGUUUAGUGUUUAUUGAUUCUUCAGUAUCGACUUCCGGAACUUAUAAGAAGAUAUCUGAGAACGCCCUUUCGGUUCUUAAACUCAAGUUUGCAGAUCAAUCAACGACUGAAGAGUCUACUAGUGAAGUUAGAGGAGGUAUUAAUCCAAGUUUUUCAUCAACAAAUUUAGCUGGAGUUCUUAAACCAAAAAAAGGUAUAUUCAAACGACUUCUUAAGAGAAAUGGGCCUUAG